CAUAUUUUUUUGAUUGGUAAGAACUGGCAGAUGACGCUUCAUGAAAUAUAAAUGCAAGAAAGGCUCCGGAGAGCACAAUAAAAACCUUCCACCGUCAGUCUCGGAGGAUAAGAAAGAUACUGUUACCAGCAGCAGGAAAUGGCCUUCGGAAUCUCAAUAUCAGUCUAUCUCUUAUUCAAAGCAAUGACAGCCUUGACCGCAGAGGCAGCCGUGUCGGGAACACCCCCAAUCACAACCCAGCAAAGUAACUGGACAGUUAACAAAACGGAAGUUGACAACACAGAAGGACCCAUAGCCUUGAAGUUCUCACAUCCUUGCCUGGAAGACCACAAUAGUUACUGCAUCAAUGGUGUUUGCGCAUUCCACCAUGAGCUGGAGAAAGCCAUCUGCACGUGUUUUACUGGUUAUACUGGAGAAAGGUGUGAGCACUUGACCUUAACUUCAUACGCUGUGGAUUCUUAUGAAAAAUACAUUGCAAUUGGGAUUGGCGUUGGAUUAUUGUUAAGUGGUUUUCUUGCUAUUUUUUACUGCUACAUAAGAAAGAGGUGUCUAAAAUUGAAAUCACCUUACAACAUCUGUUCCAGAGGAAGACCACUGUGAGGCCUUUGUCAGAAAUGUUCAUGAGGCAUUUAUAAAAAUCAGUGGGCCCCAAAUUGA